CGCGGCGCGCGCGCGACGGCCAAAGGCGCUUCGGGGUCGGCGACGCAGGAGAAGGCUACCUUUAGCAUUGGGCGAGGCGACUGAAUCGCGCUUUCAUCGCCGACGAGCUCGCGGAUCGUGUGAGCGCGCGACUCCGGGGCGCGGCGAGACCCGCCAUUUUUGAACGAGCGCCGCGGGGUAAACCAAGCGUCGGGUUGAUGGGUGUGCGCACCGCGCACGGGACCAAUCUGGGCGCGACGAGCGGUCCAUCCGGCGCGAUGGGUGCGGACACGAGCUAUGAGAUGCUGACGGCGCUCAACCCGGCGCACCUCAAGGCGCUCCUGGGCCAAGAGGUUGUCGUGACCCUCGGCGACGCCUCCACGCGCACGGGGAUCGUGUACAACGUGGAUCCCGUCAACUUCUCCGUCGCCCUGCUCAAGCCGCGUCGACCCCUGAUCAAGGGCACUCAAGCUUCACCGAAGGGACACAACGGCGAGGAUCACCUGUGCGUCGUCCCCGGCCACGCGGUCAAGGGCGUGGAGGUGGUGGGAGGACAACGCGCGGCGAUGGAGUGCCUCACGUCCGUAGGCGCCGUCGGGUGGAACGCUCGAUCGGCGUCGGCGACGCAGCCCGGGGGGUUGGAUCGAUUCGGCGCAGCUGGCGCGGCUGGCAGUUCAAGCGGGCGGAGGAUGUCGCUCGAGUUUCUGCGAUCGUACUCCAACGCGUCGCCGGCGCCACCGCCGGCGCACGCGCGCCGGGAGAGGUUCUCGGACCCCGGCUACGGGGAGGAGGAGCGAGGGAAUGCGGGGGAUCGGUCGAUGGGUUCCAUCGCGGAGGGUUCGGCCGACGGGGCCGCGGACGACGGCGUCGCGCGGGCGAGGAGAGACGCGGGGUGGGAGGAGCGAAGAGAGCGCGUGCGCGCGAUGCUGGAGCGGGCGCGGGUGCCGGUGCACGUGUCCGCGGCGACGGGCGCGGAGAGGGUCCCGGGCGCCACCCCGCUGGUGGUGAUGGGAUGCGCGAGGGUCGCGUACCCAUUCACCGCCGACGCGGUGGAGUGCGCCAACGAGAUUGUCCUGGCGCGCGUCAGGGAGCUGGUGUCCACGGUGCAGUGAGCUUUUUAGCGUUCAGACGAACGACGUCGUAACAUUCGUGGGCGAUUCGUUAAACAUCCGAGACUGCGUCGCGACG